AUGCCAUCCUCUUCAAUUCGGACCAAAGCCGAUAAUCUAGUGGGUUGCGAUCAGGGCUUCCUGAGGGCCAAUCCGAGACAGAGAAGAACUCUGGAAUGUUCUUUUGGAACCACUGCUGAGUUGACCUGGCAUUGUGAGCUAGAGCGAAAUUCUGCUGGAAAACCCAAUGACUGCCAGCAAACAGAAUAUCAUUUAGAGGCUUCCAACAGGUUCCAAAAUAUCGACCUGAUAGUUUUCUGUGGCUGUUUUAACUCCUUUUCACAAAAAUGGUGCUUUGUGGUGCCAUCAAAACAAACUCCCUACCAAACCAUCACUGAGGAAGGGUGAUGACCUCUUUCCAUUCUUCCAAUGACUUCUCGG